AAUAAUAUUUUUUAACUACAGUUUGGUAAAAUAAUUUAGACAUAGAUUCUUCACAGUUCCUUUUUCAGUCAAAAUUAUAUUGUUCCCAUUCAACUUAUCAAUUUACCAAAGUUCAAAAUGAUGAAUUUCCUGGGUAAUGAGCUUGAAUCGUGCAGCGAAAGCACAGCCGCAGCAGUUUGCGACGCCACUGGUCGUGUUCCGAGUAACGGACAGCAAUUUCAUAAUGAUGUGCACUCGAAAGAAGCAUUUUCUUUGAUGAAUCAGCUCCGCAAAAAUCGGGUUAUGUGUGAUGUUCUUCUUGUUGCCGAGGGAGCAGAAGUCCCAGUUCAUAAACUAAUAAUGGCUUCAGUUUCUCCCUAUUUUAUGGCUAUGUUUGGUGGAAAAAUGUCUGAGUGUCGAGCGGAUCGUGUAAAAUUAAACGGAAUAAACGGUGAUGCUUUGAAAGAGCUUGUGGAAUAUGUCUACACUGCUCAAAUUGAAAUUACAGAAGAAAACGUUCAGAAUCUCCUUCCUGCUGCAAGUUUAUUGGAACUAACCUACGUUCGAGAGUCAUGUUGUUUCUUUCUCCAAUCACAAUUACACCCCACAAAUUGUCUUGGAAUUCGUCAGUUUGCGGAUAUCCAUGCUUGUACUGAUCUACAUGAUCAAGCAAAGUCGUUCACAGAACAACAUUUCACUGAUGUCGUACACGGUGAAGAGUUUCACAAUUUGUCUUGCGAACAAGUAUGCGAUCUCAUCAACAGCGAUCGUUUGUCCGUGGCGUCAGAGGAAAAAGUCUUCGAAGCUGUCAUAAGCUGGGUUAAGAGUGGAAUUGGAGACAGGGCCGAGCUGAUGCCUUCAUUAUUAGAACACGUCCGACUCCCACUACUUUCCCGUGAAUUUCUUGUCGAGCGAGUAGAGCAAGAAACACUGAUUAAAAACAACAACGCAUGCAAGGACUAUCUCAUAGAAGCAAUGAAAUACCAUCUCUUGAACUCAGAUCAACGUGCUCUCAUGUCUAACCCGAGGACAAGACCUAGAGUUCCACCAGGUCUCUCAAAAGUUCUCUAUGUUGUUGGCGGCCAAGCACCGAAAGCAAUAAGAUCUGUGGAAAGUUUUGAUUACAAGGAGGAAAGCUGGAAGCAUGUUGCUGAAAUGUCUACAAGAAGAUGCAGAGCAGGAGUUUCAGUUUACCAAGGCCAUAUUUGGGCUGUUGGGGGUUUCAAUGGCUCUUUGCGAGUUCGUACCGUGGAUAUAUACGACCCAAUCAAAGACUGUUGGACCAGUGGACCUCAUAUGGAAGCGCGCAGAUCAACACUAGGGGCCGCUGUUCUAGGCGGUAUGCUGUACGCUGUAGGAGGAUUCGAUGGUUCCACAGGUCUCAACUCAACCGAAGUUUUUGAUGCGAAAUUGAAUGAAUGGCGAACAUGCACUCCCAUGAAUACUCGACGCAGCAGUGUUGGAGUUGGAGUCGUUGGAUUUCUGCUAUACGCAGUUGGCGGUUAUGACGGGGUCUCUCGUAACUGCCUAUCAUCAGUUGAAUGCUUCAGCCCUCAUACAAAGGAAUGGGUUUUUGUGGCGGAAAUGAGUACACGACGUAGCGGAGCUGGAGUUGGCGUUAUUGACGGACUCUUAUAUGCUGUUGGGGGUCAUGAUGGCCCUCUUGUAAAAAAGAGUGCGGAAGUGUAUAAUCCUGCAACAGACCAUUGGGAGCCUAUUGCUGAUAUGAAUAUGUGUCGUCGUAACGCAGGUGUUGCGGCCGUUAACGGACUUUUGUAUGUGGUAGGAGGGGACGACGGGUCUUCGAAUUUGGUAACAGUCGAGUGUUACAACCCAAAAAUGAAUGUUUGGUGCCUUUUGCCCACGACUAUGAGUACAGGCCGCUCUUAUGCUGGUGUGGCCGUAAUUGAUAAGAUGAGUAUAUGAACAUUAUAUCUUAACUGAUAAUACUUCAUGAUGUAAUCAAAAUAACCUCAUUGCAAUUUUAAACAGUUGUUUUGAAUCUAACAUGGCUUCAUCCAGGCUGGCAGACACCGUGGCCGUAAUCUCGAAAUUUAGCGAAAAUUUUCUUAACUGGGGGCUGGGUCAACCCAAGGGCAGUUGAAGGCGGGCUGCAAUGUUCAUCGCAAAACUGAUUUUACUUAUCCUUUUACAAGCACCCCCCCUUCCCAGUUCUUCCUAGUUUCAUUGCUUGAGGGUAUUUCACAAGGUGUUUUCAUUUUCUUGAGCAUGAAUUGUUUAAACGUAAUGCAAUUUGGAAUC